AUGUCCGUAACUGACACACAAAUCGCCGAGCAUGGUCUUAACCUUUCUCUUGUCCUUCACCCUCUUCACAAUAGCGACCAUCCUCUGGGAGCUCACCUGAGGAGUGUGGUCAAGGCAGGAAAUGUCUCAGUUGAUACUAAUGCUCAGGUUAAAAUCACACCUCAUGCUAUUGGAGGAUUGAAAGCUACUGUGACUGUUGGUUCUCCUGUCUACAAGGAGUUCCAGGGCUAUUUCGCCACUGGAACUGCAUUCUCCAAUAUCAAUGUUCAAAACGCUAAGGGUCAAUUGUACUACGUUGGCUCUCCCCCUGCAGAUGGAGACAACCAGUUCUGGAUUCAGCAAUAUCCAGGACAAACUCCCGAGGAACCAGGGCGACCUGUCCUUGAGUUUUAUGAUGAGGACAAGAUCUUGUUCCUACCUAUCACUUUCCUACGCAGUUCAAGACCGAUCAUGGCAAUGGAGGCACGGGAGGUUCUGGAGCGUGGGGAACUAUCAAUUAGAUGCAAUAUGAGACGGGAGGAAAACAGCAAUUAUCUCUGGACUAGUAUCAAGUCUGCCUUGCUUAUGAACAAUUUAAAAUGCGAGAAUUAUUGA